GCCCCGCCCCUGGGCCCUAGCGAGCCGCGCGCGCCGCGGCAGGGUGCACAGCCCCUGCAGAGAGCCAAGCGGCGCGGCGCGCAGGCACCAUGGGCUCCAUGUUCCGGAGUGAGGAGGUGGUCCUGGUCCAGCUCUUCCUGCCCACAGCUGCUGCAUACACCUGUGUGAGCCAGCUGGGCGAGCUGGGGCUCGUGGAGUUCAGAGACCUCAAUGAGUCGGUGAGUGCCUUCCAGAGACGCUUCACAGUGGACAUUCGGCGCUGCGAGGAGCUGGAGAAGACCUUCACCUUUCUAGAGGAGCAGGUGCGGCGGGCUGGCCUGGCACUGCCCCCUCCCGAAGGGAGGCUGCCAGCGCCCCCGCCACGCGACCUACUGCGCAUCCAGGAAGAGACAGAGCGCCUGGCCCAGGAGCUGCGGGAUGUGCACGGCAACCACCAGGCCCUGCGGACCCAGCUGCACCAGCUGCAGCUCCACUCGGCCGUGCUGCAGCAGAACCACGGCCCUCCGCCGGCCGCUGCCCACACCGAUGGGCCCUCUUCAGAGAGAACUCCCCUGCUCCCGCCUCGCCAGGGACCGCACCAGGACCUGAGGGUCAACUUUGUGGCAGGUGCCGUGGAGCCCCGCAAGGCUGCGGCCCUGGAGCGCCUGCUGUGGAGGGCCUGCCGCGGCUUCCUCAUCGCCAGCUUCCGAGAGGCCGAGAGGCAGCUGGAGGACCCGCUGACGGGUGAGCCUGUGACCUGGAUGACCUUCCUCAUCUCCUACUGGGGUGAGCAGAUUGGACAGAAGAUCCGAAAGAUUACGGACUGCUUCCACUGCCACAUCUUCCCAUUCCUGGAGGAAGAGGCGGCCCGGCAUGGGACCCUGCAGCAGCUGCAGCAGCAGAGCCAGGAGCUGCAGGAGGUCCUCCGGGAGACAGAAGGGUUCCUGAGCCAGGUGCUGGGCCAGGUGCAGCAGCUGCUGCCACGGGGGCAGGUGCAGGUCCGCAAGAUGAAGGCGGUGUACCUGGCCCUCAACCAGUGCAGCGUGAGCAGCACGCACAAGUGCCUCGUCGCGGAGGCCUGGUGUGCCACGCAGGACCUGCCCGCCCUGCAGCAGGCGCUGCGGGAGAGCUCGAGCGAGGCAGGGGUGAGUGCCGUGGCUCACCGCAUCGCCUGUAGGGACAUGCCCCCGACCCUCAUCCGCACCAACCGCUUCACGGCCAGCUUCCAGAGCAUCGUGGAUGCCUACGGCGUGGGCUGCUACCAGGAGGUCAACCCUGCUCCUUACACCAUCAUCACCUUCCCCUUCCUCUUCGCCGUGAUGUUUGGCGACGUGGGCCACGGGCUGCUCGUGUUCCUCUUUGCCCUGGCCAUGGUGCUUGCUGAGAACCGGCCCGCCGUGAGGACUGCGCAGAAUGAGAUCUGGCAGACCUUCUUUGGGGGCCGCUACCUGCUCCUGCUCAUGGGCUUGUUCUCCAUCUACACCGGCUUCAUCUACAACGAGUGCUUCAGCCGCGCCACUACCAUCUUCCCCUCGGGCUGGAGCGUGGCUGCCAUGGCCAACCAGUCAGGCUGGAGUGACGCGUUCCUGUCCCAGCACCCACUGCUCACCCUGGACCCCAAUGUCACUGGUGUCUUCCUGGGACCCUACCCCUUUGGCAUCGACCCGGUCUGGAGCCUGGCCACCAACCACCUGAGCUUCCUCAACUCCUUCAAGAUGAAGAUGUCUGUCAUCCUGGGGGUGACCCACAUGGCCUUUGGGGUGCUCCUUGGAGUCUUCAACCACGUGCACUUCCGCCAAGGGUACCGGCUGCUGCUGGAGACCCUGCCUGAGCUCAUCUUCCUGCUGGGCCUCUUUGGCUACCUUGUCUUCCUGGUCGUCUACAAGUGGCUGUGUGUGACCGUCACGCAUGCUGCCUCUGCCCCCAGCAUCCUCAUCCACUUUAUCAACAUGUUCCUCUUCUCCAGCAGCCCCACCAACCAGCCGCUCUACUCUGGGCAGGAAGUGGUGCAGCACGCAUUGGUGGUCCUGGCCUUGGCUAUGGUGCCUGUCCUGCUGCUGGGCACACCCUUGUACCUGCUGCACCGGUGGCAGCGAAGCCGCCACUCACCGAGGCCAGCUGUGGGCCAACAGGACAAGAAUGAGGACAAGGCCGGGUGCAUGGACUCCCCCGAUGCUUGCGAGAAGGGCUGGAGCUCUGACGAGGAGAAGGCGAGGUGCCCAGGGGGUGAAGAGGAGGCCGAGUUUGCUGCCUCCGAGGUCCUGAUGCACCAGGCCAUCCACACCAUCGAGUUCUGUCUGGGCUGCAUCUCCAACACGGCCUCCUACCUCCGCCUCUGGGCCCUGAGCCUGGCCCACGCCCAGCUGUCCGAGGUGCUGUGGGCCAUGGUGAUGCGCGUGGGCCUGCGCAUGUGCGGGGAGGUGGGCGUGGUGUCUGUGGCGCUGGUCCCGGUCUUCGCCACCUUCGCAGUGAUGACCGUAGCCAUCCUGCUGGUAAUGGAAGGGCUGUCUGCCUUUCUGCACGCCCUGCGGCUGCACUGGGUGGAGUUCCAGAACAAGUUCUACGCUGGCACAGGCUACAAGCUGAGCCCCUUCACCUUCGCCAUCCAGGAUGAAUAGUGCCCCCCGCGGGCCAUGCCCUCCUCCUUACCUUCCUGAGGCAGAAAAGGAAUAAAGAGCCCCAGGCCCAGGAACCGCA